UGAAUUUAAUAAAAAUGACGAAUCAAUUUGAAUGCAAACUUUAUAUGACUUAAAAGCCAGUUAACUACACACAGCGCUUGUCAGUAAAGAAAUGCAAAGCUCCGGUUGCUGUCAAUCACGAGGUUUGUUGCAGCUGUUCCCAGUUGAGUCAGUGUGAUCCCCAGACCACCGCGAGGGGUUCUCCGUGCAGCUCUCGGCUUCGUCUCACUUAAAACACGUCUUUAUACAAGUAGAAAGAAGUUGUUUUUUUUGGUGACAUGUCGCGGUUUGUGGAGGCCCCUGCUCAGCUCUCUAAAUCUCGACUGAAGUCCGAUUUAGUCGCCCACAAUGUUGCGCUGCCACCUGCCAGGAGCAAAAAGGAGGUGUAUGUGGGGUUGUACUUACAACACAUCGAUCAGAGAAACGCGGGGGAUUUUUCUAGCGACGAGGAGGAUCAAGGACAAGAUGUGGCAGACAAGGAGGAGUACACAGAGAUGCCCGACCCGAGUGGUUUGACUGAUGAUGACCUCAAGGCCGCGCUGCUCGAGCACGGGUUUAAAGCUGGGCCCAUAGUCGAGACCACCAGAGCCUUGUAUGAGAAGAAGCUAAGGAAACUGCUCCAGUCCAAUGGACAUGGCUGUGUGAAUGGAGUAGAGAAAGGUGUAUUAUACUCUGACAAUGAAGAAGGGGAGGAACAUGGGUCAGAUGAACAAGAGGAGGACAAAGAGCUUGGUACCGAAGAAGAAAAAGAAGAGACCGUAAAAGACCAGGCACAACAAGGGAGUAGCCAGGUAGAGUUGUGUUUUCAGAAUGGUGGUUUUGUUUACCCGCAGUGCUUUUUACUCUCAUCAAGGCUGCUUGCUCAUGCUUCCAGAAACGGUGAACCUAGUUUCAAGUGGAAUUCAGGGAAUGCGGUACAAUCAUCGGGGCGAAGUCAGUCUCGCUGCUCACAGGUUUCAGUAGGAAUUAGUAGAGCAUCCUCUGUGGAUCAGCACUCGGGAUUAGGAUCAGGGUUUCCCCCUGGAUCCCAAUCAGUUAUGCCCAAUGCUGAAUCAUCAAUGUCCUCUCAGGCCUUCAGCAUCACUCACAUGGUUGAGGAGAUGGAAAGUCGGAGAUCACUCUCUACUAGCUCAGACACGGAGAGAGAGUUGAAUGGGAGCAAUAUGCAGAAACAUUGGUCGCGGUCCAACAGGCUGGACAUGCCAAUUGUGGACAGUAUGAAGAACGAGUCCCUGUACUACACUCCCAAGGCAUCCCCUUACAAAAGGAACAUGAAGCUUACUCAGGAGCCUGUUAAGGAUACCAUUAAGAACAUGUUUCCAAACACUGACGCCAAGACCCCAGGGAUCUACGCUACUCGUCGGAGACCUAUCAAGGGCGCAGCAGGGAGACCUGUCCAGUAUGCAUACCCAGUCACUCCCGUCAGUCCCACCACCCUGGAAAAACGAGAGGUGGAGCGCCGCCUUGUGCCCAUUCAGAUACAGAUUUUGGUCUUUCUUAUUGUGACAUGCCUUCUGUACUUCAUUUAUGUCUGUGUUGAGGACAACUCAUUCAGUUCAACUGUUGCCUUACUGGAAAGUCUUUACCAAGAGGCAGACAGUCAGGAUGGGCUUUUGCUUCAGGCUGAGACACAGGACGUGCCAGCUCUCUCUGGACAGGAUUAACUGUGUUUUUUAAUCCUCUACAUUGACUUACAUGUGAGGGUUUAUUUUUUUUUUUUUUUUUUUUAUUUUUUUUUUUUUGGGUGAUGUAAACCAUAAGGACCUUGUAUUGGGAUAUCUUCAGGGGACCCAUAUUGCUUUAUGAAUGACUGUCUAUGUGUCUGUGCUAACCAUAAAGUCUAGUUUUACAGUUAUGUUUUUCUAAUGGAUAUGUUACCAGAGUGCUCUCAUUAGUGUAGUUGAAACAAUUGCUAAAACAUGGAAUGUUGAGACUUUAGAUUUUCCCAAAUGUAUUACAAAUAAUUCUAUAAAUCUUAUGUACUUACCCACGUUGUGUAAUUUCAUGGUUGCUUUUCAGUAAAUCUGUGUUACUGUACGUGUAGCCUGUGUAUUUUUAAACAUUUGAAUUUUCAAUAAAGAAUGUUUUGCUUCAUA